CUACUCCAGGUGCUGUCGCUUGGCGCCGACGUGCUGCCCGAGUACAAGCUACAAACCCCCCGCAUGGACAAGUGGACCAUCCUGCACUACAGCCCCUUCAAGGCGGUGUGGGACUGGCUCAUCCUGCUGCUGGUCAUCUACACGGCCAUCUUCACGCCGUACUCAGCCGCCUUCCUGCUCAACGACCUGGAGGAGCAGCGGCGGCGCGAGUGCGGCUACUCGUGCUCGCCGCUCAACGUGGUGGACCUCAUGGUGGACAUCAUGUUCAUCGUGGACAUCCUCAUCAACUUCCGCACCACCUACGUCAACGUCAACGAGGAGGUGGUGAGCCACCCGGCGCGCAUCGCCAUCCACUACUUCAAGGGCUGGUUCCUCAUCGACAUGGUGGCGGCCAUCCCCUUCGACCUGCUCAUCUUCGGCUCGGGCUCCGACGAGACCACCACGCUCAUCGGGCUUCUGAAGACGGCCCGUCUCCUACGGCUGGUGCGGGUGGCCCGCAAGCUGGACCGCUACUCCGAGUAUGGCGCGGCAGUGCUCAUGCUGCUCAUGUGCAUCUUUGCGCUCAUCGCCCAUUGGCUGGCUUGCAUCUGGUACGCCAUCGGCAACGUGGAGAAGCCCUAUCUGGAGCACAAGAUUGGCUGGCUGGACAACCUGGGCGUGUCCAUAGGAAAGAAGUACAACUACAGCGACCCCAGCUCGGGCCCGUCCAUCAAGGACAAGUACGUGACGGCGCUCUACUUCACCUUCAGCAGCCUGACCAGCGUGGGCUUCGGGAACGUCUCCCCCAACACCAACUCCGAGAAAAUCUUCUCCAUCUGCGUCAUGCUCAUCGGAUCCCUGAUGUAUGCCAGCAUCUUCGGGAACGUGUCGGCCAUCAUCCAGCGGCUGUACUCGGGCACGGCGCGCUACCACCUGCAGAUGCUGCGGGUGAAGGAGUUCAUCCGCUUCCAUCAGAUCCCCAACCCGCUGCGGCAGCGGCUGGAGGAGUACUUCCAGCACGCCUGGAACUACACCAACGGCAUCGACAUGAACAUGGGCUUCCCCGAGUGCCUGCAGGCGGACAUCUGCCUCCAUCUGAACAAGAACCUCCUGCAGGACUGCAAGGCCUUCCAGGGCGCCACCAAGGGCUGCCUGCGGGCGCUGGCCAUGCGCUUCAAGACCACGCACGCGCCACCCAGCGACACGCUGGUGCACAGCGGCGACGUGCUCACCUCCCUCUACUUCCUGUCGCGGGGCUCCAUCGAGAUCCUCAAGGACGACAUCGUGGUGGCCAUCUUGGCUCGGGUCAACGAGGAAGCCACUGGCAAGAACGACAUCUUCGGCGAAAUGAUCCACCUGUACUCCAAGCCGGGCAAGUCCAACGCGGACGUACGCGCCCUCAGCUACUGCGACAUCCACACCAUCCAGCGUGAGGAGAUCCUUGAGGUGCUGGACAUGUACCCCGAGUUCGCCGACCACUUCUUCGCCAACCUGGAGCUAACCUUUGACCUGCGCGACGACAGCGGCAAGGCCUGCGAGUCCGAUGACGGAGACGUCACCCAGGGUCAACGACCUUCGUCCUGCCGGAGAAAAUCCUCCACAGUGCGCCAAAACCACGAGCUGGGCCGGGCGCUCUGCGAGGCCAGGCGUGAGAAGGAGCUCAUGGCGGCGGCGGCGGCCCGUGGAGCCCCGCCCUCUCCCGCCCCCACGGUGAGACAGCGGCGGGAGAAGCCGUCCAAUGAGGAGGGAGAGGAGGAGGAGACGGAGGAGGACGAGGAGGGGAGGGUGGAGGAGGAAGAGCAGAGGCCCCUGUGCUCCGGGGUGGCCGGGUACCCCGUCGUCCGGGACCACGCCCUCGGCCACGGGCUGGGCGAGGCCGCGGACGCCCAGGCGAGUGACGGCCUGCAGAUCCCGCCCUACAAAGAGCUGGGGGCUGAGGACUGGGAGUGCCGGCGGUCCAGGGAGGGCGUGGCCAGGUGUGCCCAGGGUCAGGAGCCCCCCGCUGGGGAGGAGGACAGCGACACAGACCUCACCUACGGAGAGGUGGAGCAUCGCCUGGACCUGCUGCAGGAGCACCUCAACAGACUGGAGUCCCAGAUGACGUCGGACAUCCAGGCCAUCCUCCACCUCCUGCAGAGGCAGACUCCCCCCGGACCCCCUGCCUACAGCACGGUCACCUGCAGCGGAGAGUACCAGGACCCCGCUCUGCUGAUGAUCCAGCAGCCCACCUCCACGGACCCCAGGCCCGCCACCACCCCCCCGCCAGGCCCCGCCCACACCCAGAGCUCCGAGGCGGCAGGGGAGAGAGCAGAAAACCAACCCAAAGAAUCCCCCCCGGUCCUCGGUGAGGUGGACGCCCCGCCCCUCACCCCCCACGACGACCAGGAGCCAGGGCGGGCCGGACAGGAGGCGGACUUGGAGGCGGAGCUUGAGGAGGCAGAGCUCAGCCAGGGCAGCGGGGACUCAAAAGAGCUGUACCCCCCUCACCCCCACGACCCCACCCUACCCCCAACGCCACCGCCGCCCCACCCCAGGCCCAUAGGGGCCGCCGAUAGGCAGGCCUCGCUGCCCGACGUGCAGCCCAGUAGCACAGAGAUGUUGGGACUUCACAGGCCAGCGUCCGACCCUGGGAUCCCAGGGAAGUAGCCCCCCUCCUCCCCAUCUCUGAACCCCUCCCCCCUCCCCGGAGCCCACGUCCUCCUCCUCACGACCUUCCUGCGACCCUGACGCGGCGGUCACACCCAUUUGUCACGGAGCAGAACUCCGCCCACCACGAUAGAACGUAGAGUUGCCGAAAUAUAAAAUGUCGUCUUUUUAUUUUAUUUUUUCCGAUGUUUGUUUUAACGGUUACAGGAUAUAUUCCAGAAGGCGUUAAAAAGUUUGAUUCGAUCAUUUAUUUAUUUUUUUCUCUCCGAAAAUGGCCAGUAUAAUCAACACAUGCAUUUACGGCAAAAAGUCGCGGCAACACGUCCGAUAAAACGGAUCGCAAGCGACACAAGACACGACGCAAAAAGGCAUCGGAAGGCGACUCUUCGUUUCGGAUUCGUUUAGUUUACGAGCGUUUGACACAUUUGAGUGUGGCCGCAGGCGUUUGCGCACAACUUAAGACGUUGACUUCGAUCACUUGGCGAGAAGAGGUGAUGUUCCUCUUAAGUUUGACUCAGGGGUCUUAGAGAGACUGAUUAUGCAAUGGAGAAGAAAAAAAAAUCCAAUGUAAACUUUCUUCCAUUCCCUUUUCAGAACACCGGCCCUCCAGCCCUUCCAUGUACUUAACUCUAGAUGUAGAAAGCCCGUUUAUACAGAGGUAUUUACACACGCUAUAUAUUGACCCGUGUGUAAUGAAAUCACUUACCGUGUACAUAUUUUGAAUGGAACACUGCCAGCAACGUGCUCUUUCUGAAAGAGAUAUGCAUGUUUGAUUUUUUUCAUGUAUUUAUUUAUUUAUUUCACUCUUUUGUCAUUGUCAUGGCAUGUUUCACCUCCACGGCAACUCCCGCCACACUCCCUCGCAGUCUGAGGCAUGCGGAAGUCCUGCGACUGAGGUAGCGGACACAAAUUAAUGUUAUUUUAUCUCUUUCUCUUCCAAUUUAAAAAACAAUCUAUAUGAAUAGAGAGUAACAGCUGCUGCACAGUUGAGUUACAAAGGAAGAAGUUGAAUCAUGUAAUGCGUGUGAAACACACGCAAAUCCAACUAUUUAAAAAGGGAUUUGCAAUGUACUUUGCAAUACUUUACAAUGCAGAUUAGCCAUAUUUCCCACUAUUUCAAAAUCGACCCUGUAGUGACAUCACAGGUGGGAGUGCCCGCCCAGAUAUAACCGAAAGUCAACAUUAACAAAAGAAAAUCAGACGACCGCCAUUGGCAUUUGUUCGGUAGAUGUGCAGGUCCGUUAAGACGUGGAUGUAAACGGCUAAGCAACCUCACACCUGGUGGGAACAUAGGGUCCCUUUAAAGCAAGCCGCUCAUAAUUUUAGCGAGAAAACACCAUCCAUGUUUAGAGGUCAUAUGGGUGCCCCAUCGCACAAAAAACACAAGACUUGAGUCACUUGAAGCAAUAAUGAUCCUUUAAAAUGAACUCCUCCCAACAUAGUAUGUUUCUGGAGGUGAACAUGGUGAACAUUCGAUUGAAUAAUAACGUGAGGUGAAGGAGAGUCCGCAAGAUUUCAGAUUAAUACAUUUUCACGAGCUUCAACCAAUCGUGCUCCGUUAUUUAUUUAUUUUUUUAAAUCAUCCAUGCUUGAAGUAGUCGUGUGUUUAGCGUAGAUAUCGGAAAAAGCAGAUGAAACCAACAAUGUAACGACCAUGUAACCAACUGCAUUGUAUCAACUACUUUGUGUAAGCAUGGCCACACGGUUUUUCAGUAAUACUGGACAUGAAGUUUCAACACAGCGGAUACGAUUUGGAGCGAUUCACUGCUGGGGGAAUGUUCUAGAACAGUCGUUUUAUAUUCCGCUCCGGUCCCUUGUUGCGUGCAUGCUUUGAACGUCUUCCAUUUCUUCUUCUUGGAAAAGAAACCAUUGUUUUUGUAAAAGAAAAAAAGGUAGUCAAGGUGGCCAAGAGAAAGGUAAUAACUGUGCUGGCGUCCGGGGGGGGAGAAAAACAAAACAAUGACACGGCGAUGUUCUGGAUUGUUGAGCGAGAGUUGCUCAGCCUUAUUAGCCUAGCCUGCGCUAGCCUUCUCCACAUACACUCCACAUACAGUAGGCUAGCACACCCCACGCAGCAACACAAAGCGCUUUUCUACUCUCGACAUGUAAAUGUAUCGAUCCAUUUGAAGCAUAUAUUAUGGGUGAACUGCAUGACGUUGAAGGGGGAAAAAGCUAAUUAUUCCAUAUAGUUUGAUGACAUACCGACACACAAGUCAAACGAGGCCUCGUACCUGCAUGACGACUGCACUGGACCAACAACACUAACUGUUUAUGUAUCAGCGUGACGUGUUUUUUUGGUACAUAAAGCCACCACUACCACCCAUCCUUCGAGAGAUUAAAAAAAAUAAUGGUUGAAAAUAUUUUUCUAAAAUAGAAUAUUUAAUUUGCCAUUAUUUUUUCUAUGUAUUUUGGUUAAACUAGGAACCGCCCCUGAUGCUAGCUCGAUGUGUGUCAGCGUUAAGCGAUGCAGUGUUGCACACGUUCUCAAAAUGUAGCAAGUUAAAUAUAACUAAGUAUCCCCACUUUAACCAGGGUAUUGCAUGAUAACAUUACAAUAUUUAAAUGUACUUUCUGAUAGAGGGUCAGGCGUUGAUUCUCACUUUUAAACGGAAUCCAAAAUAGUAAAAUCGAAUCUUGAGAAAACACAGCCCCCUGAUUGGCUAUUAAGUUGUGCAGUAUCAUGAGAUUUGCUUUGAUUGGUUGGGUUAUUGAUUGAAAGACGUAGCCUAGGUCAGGUCUUCCCGUUUGAGCCCAACUAAUCAAUGACACAAAAUGAGCAGUUUCAUAAUAGUUCAUAAUAGCAUUGCAAUUAACUUUAAUUUCGAAAUAAAUUCUAACAAAUCAACCAGACAGAUCUUCCCUGACAUUCUAGAAAGCUUUACCAAAUGACUAAAUACUGAGUCCAAGGUUUUUAAGACUACUCUUCCUUUCCUACACAAACAAGUUUUGCUUAGACCUUAACUAGACAGCGUAGAAUUGCCUCUAAACAAGUUAGUCUGCCGAAUUUUCACAGGAUUUGCAAACUUUUGCACAGAGAUUAGAAAACUUGUUGUACUGGAUAUAACAUGUCACUUUUUAAAUCUAGUGCUGUUUCACAAUUGUUUUUAUGCAUUUUUUUAAAUGUUUGCCACUGUAUUUUAUACAAUGCAACACAGCUGAUUUGAAUGUUUCUGUUCUUGACUAUAUAUUUAAUGAAACUAAAUAUAUGAUGUACAUAGAGUGAAACAUUUGCGCAAUUGUAUAAAUUAAUAAACUGAAUGCUUACUGAAUAAAAAAUGUGUUUAUUGUAAAUAACAAAAUCUGACCCUUUGACAUCAAGUGCACAGUUUAGGAUGAAUGCCGCCAAACAUUUACUGGCCUGACAACAUAAACUAUACAUUUCAAUUUAAGCAGUAUAUAUUUUUCCCGAAAGUUCAUCUCCAAAACAAAACCGUGUGCGUACACAGACGUGUUCCUUUCAGUAUUCUUACUUUGGCUAACUAAAAAGUGACGCUAAUAUACCAAACCCAUAGUUAAUGCAUGUGAAAAAUAA